AUGAGUGACCUACUAGAGGAAUCAUUGAAGAGUCAUCUGCUUCAACUGGAAUGCCAUUUCACAUGGACUGUGGAUAUGGAAGAAGUGACUGAUAUUGACAAUAUGAAAGACAGGCUUCAUGAUCAAAUUGCAUUUUCACCUUCAACACCCAAACAUAGGCUUCAUAAUUUAUUGGCCUAUACAAGUUAUUUGAAAGGAGACAACCAAGAAGCAAUCAGACAGCUUCAGAAAGCAGAAGAGCACCUGCAAGGAACACAGACUGCUCAUCUGGAUAUCAAAAGAGCCGUGACCUACAGUAAUUAUGCCUGGCUGUACUACCAUUCCAACCAGUUUAGCAAAGCUCAGUCUUACUUAGAAAGGGUGGAAGCCAUUUACCAAAAAUGUGAGUCUUCUCCAGAACAUGAUAUUCUUCUUACUGAGAGAUAUGGAGAACAGGCCUGGGCUUUGUUAACAUUAUAUGGGAAGUACUGUGAAAGAGCUAAAGAGUGUUUUGAGAAAGCGCUAGUGCUAGAUCCUGACAAUCCCGAGCUCAACUCAGGAUAUGCCACAGUGAUGUAUCGCUUAGAAAGUCAAGAUUUAAUACUUUAUGAGACCAGUAAAUAUAAAUCUUUAGAGAUUUUGAAACGUGCUGUAACAUUGAAUGAAAAUGAUACUGUGAUUAAGGCUCUUCUAGCUUUGAAAUAUGUAUAUUUGGGUCAAGCUGAGGAGGGAGGAAAGAUUAUGGAGGAGGCUCUCAGACAAACUCCAGACUCCCCAUAUUUACUUCGCCAUGCUGGCAAAUUUUACAGAAUUGUAGGAAAGAUUGAUGAUGCUAUUACCAUUCUGAAAAAAGCUCUAAACCAAACUCCCACUUCAUGUUCUCUUCACCACCAGAUUGGACUUUGUUACAAAAUGAAGGUCAACAAGUUAAUCAGCUCUGCAAAGAUUGCAAAGUCAUUGUGUCAGCCUACCAAUGCCUAUACACGGGACAUAAAGGAAGCAAUUUCCUCUGCUGUCUUUCAUUUUGAAAAAACUAUUGCAUUGGAAGAAACAUUUAUUAUUGCAUAUAUUGAUUUGGCUGAUAUGUACACUAAAGGAACUCAGAUUGAUAAAGCUGAAGAUUUGUUUCAAAAAGUGUUACAUUUAGGAUAUUUAACAUGGGGAGAGAAACAGCAGAUUCACUUUAGCUAUGCAGUUUUUAAGCAACACACAAUAAAAUCUGAAUCUAAAGCCAUAAGGCAUUACAAGGAAGCAUUAUUGAUACCGAAUAAAACAAGGUAUAGAGCUUAUGCUGAACAAAAUUUAGCCCAUUUGGCAAAUUGUAAAAUAAGCAAAAACCCAUCAGAUGCAACUGGAUUUGAACUGUUAGGGUUCAUUAAUCAGCAGGAUGGAAAAAUCAGAGAAGCAAUUGAUUCCUAUGAGAAAGCACUGGAACUGGAUCCAGAUAAUGAGGAUUAUUUGAGUGCAUUGUGUUGCAUGAGGCUCAGUUUGAGUAAGGAGUAAAGUUAAAAAUAUAUUUAGAAUACCCUUAUGAGCUCCUCCCAGGCCAUGUGCAGUAGUUUGCAUGUAUCAUAAACAGCACAAUGUUUUAUUUAGUAAUCACAGUAUGUAGAAAGCUUGUCAGUGCAUUUGUUAGUUUUUAGAGAUUUUUUUUUACUGGCCCUGUAAGCGAUCCUCUUCCUUCUGUCUGCUUUCUCCAUGAUCCUGGGGCCAAUGUAUGCACAGUAACAUGAAAAGGAUGGUUUACUCAAUCCACACGUGUCUGCUUUUUCUGCUUCAUUGUAUUUAGGCCAAUUGGUGGUACAUAUUAUAUGCAUUGUAAUUGUGCUAAUUGUUUUGUGAACAUCUACUAUAUA